GCGACUAGGGGGAGGAGUAGGCAAUGACUGAUUCACCCACUAUGAGCGCUGGGCUUCUAUUUAAUGGGGGGUCUCUCUGCCCAGCACCAGAGCCAUCCCCAGGACCAGCAGGAGUAUGGCAGAGAAUGUGGGGCUGAGCUCUGGGGAAACAGCCAGCAUGGAAAUGUUGCCUGAGGACGGCAGCCACAGGCGCAGGCCCAAGCCCAGAGUCUGGCCCACAGCCAGGACCAGCGUGUGCUGCGCUCUCACCUGCUGCCUGGUGUUGCUCCCCAUCCUGGCAGGACUCACCGCCUACCUGCUUGUUGGCCAGCUCCAGGCCCCAGGAGAGGCCUGUGUGUCCCAGAUUCCAAGAGAACAAGAACUUGGACCUUCGCCACAAAAAGCUUAUGUACCUCCUACAGUUAGAGAAAAGCCAAGGGCACACCUGACAGUUUUGAAACCAACUCCCACCCAAUCCAUGAAAAAUCAGUUUCAAGUUCUUCACUGGGAACAUGAACUUGGCUUGGCCUUCACCAAGAACAGAAUGAACUACACCAAUCGAUUCCUGGUGAUCCCAGAGCCAGGAGACUACUUUGUUUACUCACAGGUCACAUUCCGAGGAACCACAUCCAACUGUAAGAUCGGCCAAAAGAAUCAACUGAACAAGCCAGACUCCAUCAUCGUCAUCAUCACCAAGUUAACAGACAGCUACACGGAGCCCACCCAGCUUUUGAUGGGGACCAAGUCAAUGUGUGAAAUAGGCAGCAGCUGGUUCCAACCCAUCUACCUGGGAGCCAUGUUUUCCUUGCAAGAAGGGGACAAGCUGACAGUGAAUGUCAGUGACAUCUCUCUCGUGGAUUACACAAAAGAAGAUAAAACCUUCUUUGGAGCCUUCUUGCUAUAGGGGCAAAAGAGGACUUUUUUGUGUGAAGCUCCACUGUGUCCAAGUUCUAAUUUUCUACAUUCAUGUGCAAUUAUUUGUUCCUUAUGAAAUUUAGGGCCCCAAAGUUCACAUUUUAUAUGGCUUAUUAAUAAGCCUACAGAAGAGAGCAUUCUUUAUUGCCUUACCUUUAAAAAAAAAAAGGAAGAAUGGUAUCUUUUAUAAACAUUCUCAAAAAAGAAACUGAUUUUCUUGCCAUGCUUUGGCAAAUAAGAAAAACUACAUUUAUUUUUUAUAUACACCACAAGUUCCAUAUGUGCAUCAAAUAUACAAAAGAAAAAUUACAUUUACUGGCACAGUAUUCAUGAGCACCUAUCAUGUCCCGGGUACUACCUUAACCCAGAAGAUACAAUGAGGAACAAAAUGGACUUUACCCAAAGUUUCUAUGAAAACCACUGAUAUCUCCCAGACAAUUAUCACUGAAUGCAGCCCAAGGUAUGACUGCAAGUCCUAAAACAUAUUAUCAUCUAAUGUUGCUGAAGAUUUCUAGAGCUCUCCAGAUUAUGUGAUAUACCCAGCUGAUUUGCUCACUAGAGAAACUUGAAGACAGAAUUCUAAUUAACCAGACCAACUAAAUAACAAACUUGUUUGAUGCCAGGAGAUGAGGGACUUACUCCUAGGGGUGGGGGAGGGGAGUAAGUCAAUGACUAAGUAGGAGCAGUUAAUAGAUAUGCUUAGAGACUUGACUCACAACUUUAUGCGCAGAGUGUUAAGUGGAUAUUUUUCUUUUAAAAUAGUCAAAGAUGGAUACUCUUAUUAGCCUAGCUAGCCAAGAUGCCUUCCCUAAAGGUGAGGAUGACAUUGAGAAGGUCCCUUCUAAGUAUCAGUGGGUUUAUAUCCUCUAACAGGAUGGUUCUCCUGCACUAGUAUGUCAAGGGAGUGAGGGAGGGAAGGGAGGAUGGGGGGAGCUUUGCUUUCUAAGUGUCUAUUGAUUUGUUUGUAAAGCUGAAAGCCAUUUACUUACUUGUUUCUCAGGAGAGAAUCAGUUCAUGGGCUGAUUUGUUGACUUUAAGUAUUCUAUGAGGUCUAAGAGGGUCUUUGUGUGAUGUGGGAAGUGACAGCCAGCAUGCUGACCUCUGCCAUAAAUGUUCACUACUGAAGGAAUUCUCACAAAUGGGUUGAAAUAAACUUGAAGCUAAAAUCACUUUUAUACUUGGGAAUAUGACUUGGUGUAGAAGGAAUUGAUCAAUAUUUUUUGAGUUAGGAUGAAUAUAAAAUUUUCAGUUUUCUAGCAGGAAGGGUGGCGCAGGGCUCAGGAGUGUGCAGAGAAGGGUGUGUCACCUCCACCUGAUUCAGAAGAGUCUUCUAAAAGGAAGUGAAGGAUGAGCCCCAGUCAGCCAAGAAGGUAGGUGGCAACAGAUGGCCUUGGGGAUAAGACAUCUCAGGGGAGGAAUUACUCUUUUCAGUAAGCAGAAAGGAAAGGGUUCUCAGUAACUACAAAGCCAGCUUGAUACAAGAAUGUUCCCUCACCUGACUCUUAGAACCGUAUCUAUUGGUAGAUCAGGAAUGCUCUACUGUGGUUCCAUCAUCUGAACUAACAACACAUUAAGAAGACAGUACACUCUGUAUCUGCAUGGGAACACCAAGCAACUUCAGGUGCAGGAGAAGAGUUGUACAGAAGCAGCCAGAGUGACCUAUUCAUCCACUUAAAAGAACCCUACAUCAGAGCCUUCAAACCUGUUACUGUCCCAAAGGGAAUUUGGUGAACUAAGACAUUUAUCCAAGAACUAGGAAUGUCCUAAUAUCCUAAAAAGACCAGAAACUUUGGGAGAAUCCCGACUGCAUGUUUAGUUUGUUCCCGUCAUAAGCUUGUUUACUGAAGAAAAUAUCGAAGCUCAAGCUGGCACUAGUGAACUUGCUAAAUUGCCUAUGGAAUAACUUUUACUCUUCAGAAAGGCCCAGCCAAUCAUUCUAAGUAGGACUCCAAUGAGAACUUCUGUUUCCUAGACAUUAUGUCCAUGGCAAACACUAGUGUAUUUGACUUGAAAAUAAGAUGGAAGAAUACUUUUAAGAACAUAUGAGGGUCCUUUAGAAGGAGUAAAUGGGAUGUAGUCAAGAAUUCAAAAAGGGGGGAAAGGGCAUGUGUUGAAAAAUAAUUUGGGGAGGGGGGGUGCUUUACCAGUUUGUUCUCUCUCGAAAGGCUGAAUUUAAACCAAUUUCACAUUUUUGAGUACCUACUUGCCCUGGAGACACAAAGAUAUUUUAGUCAAAUAUGUUCAUUCCUAAUGCUCAGCAUCUCCCUUAUCUGCAGAUCCUUUCAUUUAUUUUGGUUAUAUUAGCUAAUUAACUAAAUUUUGGCACAAGUGUAUUUUCUCACUAGGAAAAUGGGUGCCACUGGGUAAGGAUGGUCAUUAACAAAAUGAUUUGUGUUUACUCUGAGUGGCUUUUUAAAUAGCUACACAAGGGCAGUUUUCCAUAAAUAAAAGGGAAAAAAAUAAAGACAUCACUUUCUAUGGCAUAAUCCAUUACUUAAAUCACAUUUGGAGAGAGGUUAUUAUCUACAGGGCUCAAGUUUGGUCAUCAACCUUGAAAAUUUGGGGACUUUAUGGAGUACCCAUAAAAGUCUGCAUGCCUCAGCAAAUACAAGAACCAUGAUCAAAAUUCAUGGGAUCUCUAGCAUAUUGACCUAGCGUGGGUUGACUCUGUUGGGUGGAACAGCUUGCUUAAACUAUCAUAACUGCUUGUUUGAAUAAGGUACGGCAGGAAGGGAAAAGGUUCAUUUUCAUGCCCAGAAGGUAUCUGGUUCAGUUCUGUAACAGGGAAUGCCAGGGCCUUUGUUUCAUUUCAUUCUAACCUACGUCACCCCAGAGGAAAUUCCAUCUCUGUGCUUGUCAAUAAUCUCUACGGAUUAUCAAAAUUUAAACAGUUACGCUGUGCAUGAAACAUGUCCACUACCAACAUUCUCUUGCAAGGUAUUUUCCCAAGUCCUUUCCCAAUCAUAUCUCCACGAUUGUGACAUUGGGGAUUAGUUCUUUAGGACAGGACUGUUUAUAGUCUUCAUCUUGCAAAAUGCACGCUAAAGUCUCUUGUGUCCAGAUUGCUUGCCCCACUAGGAUCCAGACUCCUGGAAGUGUUUUGCCAUUAUUUUAAGUGUGUAUCGCUAUUCUGCUUAUUAGCAACUAUUGCAUCAUGUUGGCAGCUGGACUAUUAACUCCUGAAUUCUUUUACUCCUGUGGUGAGAAGAGUGUGCUGAGUCAGAGCAGUCACAUCUGUGCCCUGCUCCCAUCUGAUAACUAUAUUUAAAGCUUCCCAAGAACUGAGAAACAUUUGCUCCACUUGUCUACAUUCCCAUUUUAAGAAUACCAUACUCGUCCAAACACAAGUUACAUGUUCAGGGCCACACAAGGAAUUAAUGGCAGGUCUAUAAAGCUAAGAUACUUUCUUCCUAAAUUCAUCCAAUUGCCUUCUGCCCUUAACAAAUGGUAUCUCUUUCAAUAACUGGUAGAGAAAUUGGCAGAAGACUGAGGAGUAUCAUCAGCUACCUAUACAUGUAAUGCAGAAAAGGAGACAACUUCCACAUCUCCCUAGAAGAAAGAGCUUGAGCUAAUGAAUUGUGUUUACAAAAUCACUUCUGAAUUUCUCACCCAAAAUAAGAGUAUUUCCAGAUAGUGAUUACACAGUCCUUUGUAAAUACUCAAGCAAAGAGUUUAUCUCAAGGGUUUUAUAGAAGUCAUUCCUCCAUUGAAAUGGGAGGAGGGAUUGAACUAGAAAAUGUCUGCAGUCUUUUCCAACUCUAUGACUAUAUGUUACCAUUUUUUAUUGACUUUCACACACUGUUUCCCGCAAGCCUUGUCCAGAGCACAGUGUUGUCCAGUUUACAAGUGGCCGUCAUUUCCCACUUGUUCAGACAGUGUCUGAGAUUUGGGCCAAGAGGAACAACUGUAAGAUUAGGGGCUCUGCAGAGUUUAUCUACUGAAGUUACAUCAUUUUGAGGAGGAAGAAACCAAGACUCCAAAAGAUGACAUAAAUGGCUCAAAGCCAGACAAGUCAGUAGCAGUGUGAAGACUAGAAUUCUGAGCUCCUGAUGCCAAGUCCAGCAACCCUCCCAUCCCGUCCAUGGAUGCUAUUGCUUAGGCAUCCCAGGGUAACCACCUACAUACUGAGAGCCACGCCACAUAGUGAAGCCAGCCCCAGGUGCAACCUUAGGAGGGGACUCGCGACACUGAACUAAAAAAACAGCAGCUAGUCUGAGUGAAAUGAUUUAAUUCAUAAAUUAACUAAAAUAUGUAACUUUCCCCCUUUUGUUUCAGGGAUGUGCAGAAGGAACAAAUGUGUUUAUGGUGUUGUAGUGAUGGGAGUGCCCCCAUGCUUUCAUUGAUUUUAUGUUUUAUGUUAAAACGUCCUAACCCCAAAUUAACAGUGUGCUGCUAUGUGCUGUUGGAUACAUACUUAGCGGGGAUGCGCCCCAAGCCCAGAGAACUCCCACCUCUGGAAAGGAAAUUUUAUGGGUUAAUGUACUCAAUAGAUGUAAUUUAAUAAACUGGC